UGACGUCACGACUCACCUGUGGGUGGGUGAAGGAUCUGGGAUUAGCUGUAGCCGCAGGUAAUAGCCAAACAUUGGGAGACUCUCGGCUGCACAAGACUGAAUUUUACCGAAAGGAGACGACAGGAAUGAGCUGAGUCGUGUCGUUCGGUCGAGGCACCCGACUUUAGGUUUGCAAAGUUUUUUGUUUCGUGGAAGUAAAGUCACCUGGAAAUCUGUGGGCGGUCGAAAUCGAAGUCUUUCUUUUUCUGUUUGAGGCGCUAGCAGAAGUUUUCUCUCUGAGACUUCCGCGGUUUGUUGGCUGAACAAGUUAUCUGGGAUAAAAGACAACCACAAGUGUUUCCUCUUAUGCGGUCCCGGGCAUUUUGAGCCAUGCCUGGCCACAGCACAGGGGCUCCCCAGGCGUCCCACCACCACAAACACCACAGCUCCAGAGCAGAAAAAUACCGACAGACUCGGACUAUAUCCAGGGAGAGCACGGCCAGCCAAGACUCCUACAAGGAUCCUCAUGGGGAGCAUCUACACGAGCACCACACUGACCACUCCCGGCAUUCAGAGAACAAGUAUGGUCGCAGCAGAGGCCACCCCCGAAAUGGCACGGGACGGGGCUCAGAGACUAUAGGAUUUAUUCCUGGGUCAGCAGACAGCACGCCUACCAGCAGACAUGCCUGUGGCUCCUGUGCCUCCAUGGGCUGGAGUGGCUGCAAGGCUCUUAUCUGCUGUGUACUGACCUGUGGGUUUUAUGGCAGCCGAGAGCCCUGCCUGCCCGUUAACGAGAGCUCCACAGACCAUCCCCCUAAAGCAGGUACUGAGCCUCACCCUCCUAAUGGCAUAACUGCGACCAACCCCACCUGUGUCGUCCCUUUGGAGUCCAAGAAGUCUCCCAUAGUCUCUAAGUUGCCCACAAGUGACAGCUUCCGCUACCCGGAUGUGCGCAUUGCAGGUCAGACAGUAAGGUAUCCGGCUCCUGCCCCCAAACGGACCCGUACGCCUGGCAAGGGGGAAAGCCAGCGACCUGUCAGCAACACCAGCCUGUUGUCCCGCGAGGACUAUGACUUAGAUGACCUGAGCGACACAGGCACAGACAUUGACUCUCUUAUCACCAAGAAGCUGCUGGAGCUUUACGCCCUGCACCAGAUCGACCAGCUGGCCAAGUGCACCUCUGACUCCUCUUUCUCCCGCAAGACCAACGAGAUCAGCGAGCUCAUCUACAGCAUCGCUCAGGACUACAACCUGGAGGAGCAGGAGGCCGAGUGCAAGCUGGUGCACGGAGUCAUCCGCAUCAGCACGCGAAAGGGCAAGAGAAACAAGAGCCAUCAGUCGACGGGACAGCGUCCUAAUGGGAGGAGCGACGGGACUCUUCCUGACAGUGGCAACGAGACCAUGACCAACACAUUCAUGAGCAGUGACUUUCCAGAAGUGAAAGUGUCAGAGCAGACGCCAUCAGAUGAGCUGGCGAGGAAUAUGAGACAUUACAGCGGGAGAACAUACUCCUCCAGCACCGCCACAGCCUACUCGCCCUACCAUCACGACACCGAAACAGACUCUUCAGGGGCUCCUCUGCUUCUCUGAAGGGCAACACAGAAACAAAAGUACCUAUGCUGACAAGGGAUAUAGCCAACUAGAUGGACAAUGUUGUCCUAAUGCUGUAAUUUUUUUUUUGCUGUUACUGACUGGAGCACCUUUUUACCCCUGGGCACUUGUACUUCUCCUUUUAAUGGUCCGGCUAAUGUUUGCUAUUGGAGUGUCAUUUAAAUUCACAGACCUUUAUCUUUCCAGCAAAUGACCCACUGAGGAAACAAUGUUUUGUUUGUUUGUUUGUUUUUUUGGGGGGGGUUACACAGGCAAAGACAAUGCAAGUUUUUAUGUAUUUGUUUGCAGUGUUUAAAGUUGUUUUCAGAAAAAGAAAUGACACUCCAUGCAAUCUCAGCAGUCAGGCCAGAGGAUAGAGACUGAUGGUAGAACAUAACCGUCCUCAUUCUUGUCUGUGUGAUUGUUUAUGCAGGCCAUUGUGCAUGCACUGUAUUGAAUGUAUGGGCAUAUUUACUCCUGCCAUUUAGACUCCUUUUUAAAAGCGUGUUUUGACCUGAAUUUGCAUUGUUAAGCCAUAUUUUGAUGUACAGAUAUUAAGUCGAUGUUACUUUCUAGGCUGUUAAACCAUUUGUGGCAUUUGGUGACAUUUAUUUUUAUUCACAAAUAAGUCCUGUUUUUUUUUUUUUUUUACAAAAUAAAAAUCUCCAUGCUUGUUUAUGCCUUUUCGUGUGUGCU